UCUGUGCCUUAACCCUUGACAUUUUCAGGUCACAAUUAUAUUGGAUCUGAGCACCUGCUUCUGGGUCUUCUUCGAGAGGGUGAGGGUGUAGCAGCACGUGUUCUGGAAAACCUGGGUGCUGAUCCAACUAAUAUUCGCACACAGGUAAUUCGCAUGGUGGGUGAGAGUGCUGACAGUGUUACUGCUACUGUUGGUUCAGGAAGUAGUGGCAAUAAGAUGCCAACUUUGGAGGAGUAUGGUACCAAUUUGACCAAGCUAGCGGAAGAGGGAAAAUUGGAUCCUGUUGUGGGAAGGCAGCAGCAAAUUGAACGUGUGACUCAAAUUUUAGGUCGUCGAACCAAAAAUAAUCCUUGUCUGAUUGGAGAACCUGGUGUUGGGAAGACAGCAAUUGCUGAAGGUCUUGCCCAACGGAUUGCAAAUGGUGAUGUACCUGAAACCAUAGAGGGAAAAAAGGUUAGUAGAAAUCAUUUUACCUCUGCUGUUCAACUCGCUGAAUUUGUGUAUAGUAAUUCUAAAACAGUCUCGUUUGUUGAUAUUUGUUUAUUAUUAUUAUUAUUACAUUGCAUGACUAAAAGGAGUUGCAUGGCACCAAGGUGGUCAAACCAGUAUCUGGGCUAUGCUGUCUCAUUUUCUGUCAUAUGAUUGUAUGAUAUUAAU